UGCAAGCUCCCUAGCUAGCUAACUCCUCUUCUAUCUCCUUGUUAGGAAGUUCCUACACGUUUCAAGUCAAACUCUUUUAUUCUUAACAUCCAUUCGAGUUCUAUGAUCUUCCAUCUAACAUUUGGAUAAGUAAUGAUUUCAAAUUCUUCCAAUAGAAGAAUUUUUAUUGAGGUUCAUGGUAGUAGUAUACUGUAGGGUUGACCAAGGUGCCUUAGUUUUUGUUAUCUGAAUUAAUAGUAGGACUAGUGAGUGUUGGUUGCAUAAGGCAGAGAAAGAAGUGAGAAAUUCAAGAGAUUUGUAUAGUGGCAUGGCUUCAUGUUUAGCAACCCCAUGGGGUAACCUAUAAUGAUGGAGAAAUCAGAUAAUUUGGUAUUAUUAAGGCAGGUUGUGCCAUAUGUCUUAUGUUUGUGCAUAUUUAUCAGAUCAGCUUCUGCAAUUGAAGGAUUUGAGAGCAUAGCAUGCUGUGCUGAUUCAAACUAUAAAGAUCCAUUGACCAACUUAGAUUACAAAACAGAUUAUGCUUGGUUCUCUGAUACAAGAAGUUGCAGGCCAAUAACUAGUGUGUUAAAACAUUCAACCUAUGGAAGAUUAAGAGUGUUGGAAGUUUCUAUAGGGGUAACAGUGUUAGGUACAGUGAGAUCAUCAUCGCAGGACUUGAGAAUUGAAGGAGUUUUCAGAGCCACAAAGAACAACACAGACUUUUGCCUAGUGACAGAAGAGGGUAACCCUUAUAUAUCUCAGCUUGAGCUAAGAUCAGUGUCUGAAGAGUAUCUGCAGGGUUUGAAUUCUAGUGUCCUGAAGCUGAUCAACAGAAGUAAUCUUGGGGGAAAAGAAGAUGACAUAAGGUACCCAAUUGAUCAAAGUGAUAGAAUCUGGAAAAGAACUACUACAAGUCCAUACGCUCCUAUAUCAUUCAAUAUUAGCAUUUUGGACCACAAAUCUAAUGUGACACCUCCUCUGAAAGUUCUACAAACAGCUUUGACUCACCCUGAAAGGUUGGAAUUCAAUCACAAUGGCCUUGAGGUUAAGGAGGAUUACGAGUACCUUGUGUUUCUCUACUUCCUUGAAUUGAAUAACAGUGUUAGAGAAGGCCAAAGAGUGUUUGACAUCUAUGUUAACAGUGAGAUUAAGAAGGCUAGUUUUGAUGUAUUAAGUGAAGGGUCAAAUUAUAGACACAUUGUGUUGAAUGCUUCUUCAGCAAAUGGAUCACUUAAUCUAACAUUGGUCAAGGCAUCUGGAUCUGUGUUUGGACCCUCUUGUAAUGCUUAUGAGAUCAUGCAGGUGCGACCAUGGAAGCAAGAAACCAACCAAACAGAUUUGGAGGUGAUUUUGAAGAUAAGAGAAGAACUAAUCACUGAAAACCAUGAUAACAAAGUCCUACAAAGCUGGACCGGUGACCCAUGCAUGCUUUUUGCAUGGCAAGGAAUAUCAUGUGAUUUUUCCAAUGGUGCACCUGUUAUCACUAAGCUGGAUCUUUCCUUAAGUAAUCUGAAAGGACCACUUCCAUCCAGUGUCACAGAGUUGACUAACUUACAAAUAAUGAACCUUAGCCACAACAACUUCAAUGGCUAUAUCCCCUCAUUUCCAAGUUACUCAAUGCUCACUUCACUAGAUCUGAGAUACAAUGAUCUUAUGGGGUCACUUCCACCGUCAUAUAACUCACAGCCACAUUUAAAGUCAAUAUAUUAUGGCUGCAAUGAUCGCAUGGACCAUAAGCUUUCAGGAAACUUGAACAUUUCAAUCAAUACAGAUAAUGGAAGUUGUCAGAAAGGGAAUGAUUUUCCACAACAAGUAGCAAUUAUUUCAGCCGUUGCAUGUGGCUCUUUCUUGAUUGCUAUGGCUGUUGGAACAAUUUUCAUUUAUCGUUAUAGACAGAGAUUAAAUCCAUUGGAAGCAUUUGGAAGAAAAAGCAACCCAAUGAUAACAAAUGUGAUAUUCUCAUUGAACAGCAUAGACGAUUUCUUGAUAAAAUCUAUUUCAAUUCAAGCAUUCACUUUGGAAUAUAUAGAGGUUGCAACCGAAAAGUACAACAUUUUGAUAGGUGAAGGAGGCUUUGGUUCUGUCUACCGUGGCACCCUAGAAAAUGGUCAAGUUGUGGCUGUGAAGGUUCGGUCAGCCACAUCAACGCAAGGCACCCGAGAAUUUGAUAAUGAGCUAAACCUGCUUUCUGCAAUAAGGCAUGAGAACCUGGUGCCUCUUCUUGGAUAUUGUAAUGAAAAUGAUCAGCAAAUUCUGGUAUAUCCUUUUAUGUCCAAUGGCUCUCUACAAGAUAGACUAUAUGGGGAACCUGCAAAGAGAAAAAUACUAGACUGGCCAACCAGACUGUCUAUUGCUCUUGGUGCCGCCCGAGGUUUGGCACAUUUGCACUCGUUCCCUGAGCGAUCUGUAAUUCACAGGGAUGUGAAAUCAAGCAAUAUACUUUUGGAUCACAGCAUGUGUGCUAAGGUUGCAGAUUUUGGUUUUUCAAAAUAUGCUCCACAGGAAGGAGACAGUGCUGUUUCGCUUGAAGUAAGAGGAACUGCAGGAUAUCUUGAUCCUGAGUACUACACAACCCAGCAAUUAUCUGCAAAGAGUGAUGUCUUCAGCUUUGGUGUGGUUCUUCUUGAAAUUGUGAGUGGCCGGGAGCCUCUCAACAUCCACAGACCGCGGAAUGAGUGGAGUUUGGUUGAAUGGGCUAAACCGUACAUAAGGGCAUCAAAGAUUGAGGAAAUUGUGGAUCCUGGCAUCAAGGGAGGGUACCAUGCAGAAGCAAUGUGGAGAGUGUUGGAAGUAGCACUGCAAUGUGUUGAACCUUUCUCAACAAAUAGACCGGCCAUGGAUGACGUCAUGCGCGAGUUGGAGGAUGCUCUGAUCAUAGAAAACAAUGCAUCAGAGUACAUGAAGUCCAUAGAGAGCCUUGGAUCCAACCGUUACUCUAUUGUCAUAGAGAAAAGGGUGCCACCCUCGACCUCGUCAAUGGUAGAAUCAACCAUCAUACCUCAAUCCUUGAACCAUCCGCAGCCGAGGUAGUAUAAGGAAAAAACACUUGGGGAUGCACUUUCAGGGACUCCAUAACGCAUCUGGAAACUAAAAUAAUAGUUGUCUAGGACACUGGCAUUCAAAGCUCCAGUUUUAUUGUGACAAUGUUUUCAUCAAUGCAUUCAAAUGGAUAAACAAGUGGUAGAAUUGCCACAUACAACUAGGAAAAGAUGCACCAACUUGCAAGUUUGAUGACAGAAUGCUCACUGUUUAACACAACUGCAUUGACACCCCCUUCGUCAAUUGUUUAUGGGAGAGUACUACUGUACUAGUAGCAAUAUAGUUUGUUGAAUUGAGCUAAAAGUUCAGACUCGGAUUGUUUUCUUACACUUAGAAUAGAGGCUGGUAUACCCUUAAGUAAAUCACGUUCUUGGGUAUUGAAUUUUUAUUUGAUCUGAGUAGUAAAUAAUUGUAUGGUAGGUGAAUACAGAUUAAAAAUAUGACUAAUUUUUUUAUAUGGAUUAAAUAUGCGUUUAAUACAUUGUUA